UCAUUCUCCCAAGGUGCCACGGUGGGGUUGAGUUCAGUGCGCUGUACAGGAAGAGAUCCUUUAGCCAGGGUACAUGGUUCCUCAGCACCGAAUUCUAUUACAGCUGUAGCUCUACAAAAUCUGGGUUGUCUGUCGGAUUCCCGUCAAAGGAUGGAACAGAAGCCCAGUGUGUGCAGGCGUCUCAAUUUUGAUGAUGUGCAGAAUCCUGGAGAGGCUGCCACAGGAACCAGCGAGGGUCCUCAAAUGGGCAAUGAGUCCUUAAACAUUGAAGAAGAAAUACGCAGUCACCUGGAAACUGCAAAGCUUAAAUGGAAUUUUGACUUUGAGAAAGAAGUUCCAUUAGACGGAAGGUGGAUUUGGGAAAAAGUGGGCUCAGAACUCCCAACAGUGCAGGGGCAGGCCGACGCCGAAGAUGAGGCGACCGAGUUGGAUGCAGAGAGGCCUGAACAGUAGGACAGAGCAAAGAAAUAUAUUAAGAAGCAUGAGAAAAUAUAUUUUCAUAUAAAUAGUAGAUUUUUAAAACUUACGAAAUGAAUUAGAUGUCCAUGUACACGGGCACAUUCACACAGUUUUCUGGUGCCGAACAUGCUCUUACUUUCUGACGUAACGACAUUGCGUAAUCACCACUUAAAGUUUUCGAGUGAAAUGACAACUGACGAUAUUUUCAGAUUUACUUAAUCUGUCCGCAAAUAAGUUAAACCUGUGAUGUAAACUACAGUAAUUCGGUACUCUGUAAAUACGUAAAGCGAUUACUGCACACCAAUACCAUACAGAAACUAUGGUUCCAAAAUUGCCAUCAAAAGCAUACAUUUUGAGGGAACGUUUUCGUUAACUCCACAUUCGCUCAUCUAGUCAAGAAGUUCCUCUCAUUUUAAGGAAAUUAAGGAUUUUUAACCGUUCGACACGUUUUAUAUUGGCACAUUUUAAUGAUCAUGUAUUGGGAACAGCUGAGUUCUUUACACAUGUUAGUAACAAUCCUGAAUCUCGUUUAUAUUGAUAUGGGAGUGUCGUCACAUACAGUCUGUGGAUUAAUACGUGAGAAAAAAGCGAAGUGCAAUAUUAAUUCGUUAGAUGCAUACAUAUGUAUAUGUAGCUCUACUUUACGGAAGGACGGCAGACCCGUGAUUUAGGCCCCCCAUACACACACAGUUUGGCCUUCCGAUCGACCUUACAGGCAAAACUUUCACAGUUUACCCCCUCCC